AUGGAGUUCGCAGGACCAGAGCCCGAGCUUCAUUCGGGCGAAUUAGAGUCCGACCCCUAUCUUCAAGAAUUCCAACGCUUAGGAGAGCAGAUUUUUCAUUACGUCCCCUCCACAGAAGCAGAGGACAAGGGCCAGACAAAAGCACCAGAUCUUCUCAUUUUCUGCUCGUGGAUGGGUGCAUCAUCGCGAAACAUCCGAAAAUAUCUUUCCACAUAUCAGACUCUGUUUCCGAACACUCCUAUCCUGGUUCUCAAGCAGAAUGGCGGCGAUUUCUUUUGGCGUUCGAAGGCGACUUUGGCGAGUAAUCUAGAGCCGGCUGUCUCAGCAGCCAGGCAGGUGGUAGAGAUGAAAAAUCCGGAACAACCGCGCAUAUUAUUACAUAUAUUCUCAAACGGUGGCUCUUUCAGUUCAAUAAAUCUUACAGAUGCGUAUCGUGCACUUACGGGAGAACACUUGCCAAUCUCAGCACUUAUCCUUGACAGCACUCCAUCACUUCCCAAUGCAAGACGUGCUCAUGAGGCCAUCUCAGAAUCGUUCCCCAAAUCAGGUCCGCUUCGUCUGAUAGGGCAAGGUGCUCUGUGGGCAUAUAUUGGGGCUGGAAAGGCUGUCGACACUGUUCUUGGAAUCGAGAACAUAACUUUGUGGUUGAGGAGGAGACUGAACGAUCCACAGGGCGCCUUUAUGCAGGGCAAUCUCAAGCGUGUCUAUAUCUACUCUCAGGCUGACAGACUUGUACCUGCGGCUGAUGUAGAAGCUCAUGCAAGAGACGCAAAAACCAUUAUUGGAGAGGACCGAAUCCAGUUGGAGGAUUUUGUGACAAGCAGACACGUCGGCCAUGUGCUUCUGGAUGGCCCAAGAUAUUGGAAAAUCGUGGAAAGAUUUUGGGAGGAAAUUACGGGUGUAUGA